AUGUGGCCCCAGAAAGAAGGGCUAGGAGCCCAGCUAAGUUAUGGAGUCAAGGGAAAUGGGAUAAUACGACAUAAUCUGACUUCAUCGCCUCCAUAUCAGAUCAGCUUCCCACGACAAAACACUUCCCCUACACUAUAUCGAGCAGUGAACUCUGAACAAACUAUAUUGCCAGUUCAGACUUCUGACUUCGAUUUAAACUCUAGCAUAUAUAAGGAUCUUGAAAGCAUCUAUGUCCCCGAGGAAAUUUUGAAAUCGUACUUGGUGGAAUCAAAAUCGUUAACAUCACCUUUGGUGUACGAUCCUACCAAGGGAGAUCUAUUCCAAUUCCAUGAUCUUAGAAUGAAGAAAGGUAGAAAGUAUGAGAAAGUUUUGGCAUAUGUAAGCGGUGAAACGGGAACCAUACUCAAUAUAGCGAAUGUUAAAGGAAAGGAAAAGAAACUAAGUAAUGGUAACAAGAUAUACCUCCCACAAGUAAGUGGAACCUCAUUCCAAGUGUCACUUUCAGAACCCAUUAAGCAAAUUCAAUUUAGUAAACUCGAGGAAACUUUCGACUAUAUACCUUCUCACUUAAUUAUACGAACGGAUUCAACAGUAUACAUUUUGAAUUGCCUCCGAACACCUACCGCAGAUUCCAACCAGGAUGCUGGGGGCAUAGAAUUGACGAUAAUUGAUGAAAUACACAACUCCAAGCUUUACGGCCAAACAUUUGCAGAUAUCUCUUUCAAUCCAUGGGACUAUACCCAGUUUGCAGCUGUGGAUGUAAAGGGAAAUUUUGGGAUUUGGAACAUAUCUACAAAUACGUCGUAUGUCCAUAAAUUGACUUUGGUUAUAAAGGACUCUGAGAUAAUACCAGACUUAGAAGAACUAUCAAACUGGAAAAAGAUUAGUUGGGCUUUCAAUAGAAAAAAUAUCCUCAUAGCCACUAGAUCAUCACUUACUCAAGUGAAUCUUGGAGCCGACAUUGAGUCUAAUUCCAGUAAAUUAAUUACAUCCAAUAGUUGGUCUAAAGUUUUGGAUUUUAAGCAAUGCUCUAAUUUCGCCUUUCUUUUAACGUCGAAGGAACUUAUUUGGUUACAAUGGAAUAAGGGUAAACCUUCACGUAUAUUGUCUUGGAAACAUUUCCUUGACGAAAAAGAUCCUUCCUUCAAAUUAAAGGUAACAAGGCAAAACGGUAAGCAGCAGACUUUUCUUCUAAUUGUAUUUUCCCAGAUCAGGCUGUUGUUAUUCGUCUUCACGUUUGGUAUGAAAGAUGGAGUUGGCCAUAGCUUACACGACCCGUACUAUAUUCGAACAACUACUGGUUUGCAACAAGUUGAGUUGAACAAGUUAGAUCCUACAUUUUACUCCCCCUUUGCAGACGAGAACAGCGACUUUAUGGUCGAAGAUUAUGAAGAAGAAAAGGAUGGAUCUGACUUUGGAAUAUUUGAGCUUAGAACUAAUUUGAACCUCACGUUUGACGUAUUGACAAGUAGUCCAGACGUACAUGUGGUACAUAGAAGGGGAAGUGUUACUACUAGAGCCAGUCUAUCAAAUCCUAGUAAUACCAGCAGCGUAGAAUCACUGAGAAGUCUGACAAGUACAGUUACUACUGGGAGAAAGGUAUUCAAGAAGUUAACCAAAGCAGAUACAGAAAAUAUUGUGAAAACCUUGAACAAUACGCAAGACAUAAGUGUAGAUACUGUCAAGCAGGUUCAAGAUUAUGCAUUUAAAUUAGGAAAUACGAGUAGUAUUGUUUUUCCUUUUACAUCAUUGAUGGAUAUCUCUUCGGAGAUUCCUCAAUCAAUAGACGAUAUUGCAGAAUUUGAUUUGAUGGUCAAUCAGCUUUCAAACUACUAUGAAGAGCUGGAAAUUUCCAUUGUGAAUUUUAUAAACCCCAUGAAAAUGCUUUUUAACACGAUAUCCAAGUCUUCGGACUCUACAAAGAAGACAGAAUCGGUUGAAAAUCUUUCAUCAUUGAUUGGUAAAAUUUAUAGAAAAGGAGAAAUUGCUCAAUACAACAAUGACUGCUCCAUUAGGCAGACUUCUAUAUUGAUUGGUGGGAGUUUACUAAGGGCAAGACGACCAUCGGCGAAGGAAAACUUUGAUCGUGCUCUAGAAGAAGAACAGAAGGAAACACCAUCAAAAUUGAAUGACUUGUUAAGUGGUUGGGAAUCUAUUGCGGAAAGCGAUAAGUCAUCGUCGAUUCCACAAGAUCAAGCUAUCCUAGGAGAUGGAGAAAGUGCAAGAAAUUGGGGAACGUCGCAGAUGACUGUUCCAGAUGUAUUACCAACACUAAGACUUACAUCGCAGACUCAACCUACAUCCUCACAAAGAAACUCACAGAAGCAAAGGAGAAAAAUACCCAGAGUAUCCCAAUUGUCCCAGUUGUCCCAAUCUCGAAUUCCAAAUACCUCAUCGUCUCAGGUUUCCCAAACCACAACUAGGCUCACUGGAUUGGCAUUAUCAUCUCAGCAAAAAGUUGGUAUAUCUUCACAAUUAGAUGGCGGGUCACUUAAUAGUUCACAAUCAUUAUCUCAAUCAAACUCGCAAAAGCGGAAAUCAUCCAGCCAAGGAUUAACAAAGAAAAAGAAGAAAGGGGGUUUUGCAUAA